AUGAAAGCCGCCGUUUUCCGCAACGGAACCGACAAGGAGGAAGAAGAAGAAGACGAAGAAGAAUCAGUCUGUAAUGUCUUCGACGGCGGCGAGAUGAGAGGGGAGAAGAUGGAGACGGAGCUGAUGGUUGAUGUGGUUGAUGAUGAGGUUUUGCCUGAGAAUGCAUUGAGAUCGGUUAAUGCGAUAAAGGCUAGAGAUGCUAUCUCACAUAAUCUAUUGCAUCAUGGACUUGCUGCCCAAUUAGUCGAAAAGGAGGGAAGAGGAGGAAGAGGAGGACUAGGAAGAGGAGGGGGAGGGAGAGGAGGAUGGGGAGGAGGAGGACGGGGAAGGGGAUGGAAGGAGGAUGAGAAAAUUACCGAGAUGAGAGAAAAGAAGAGAUGA